AUGUUCACCACCACCAUGUUCACCAUCACCAUGGUCACCACCACCAUGUUCACCAUUCACCAUGUUCACCACCACCAUCAGUCACCAUCACCAUGUUCACCCCCACCAUGUUCACCACCACCAUCAGUCACCAUCACCAUGUUCACCACCACCAUGUUCACCACCACCACCAUCAUCACAAUGUGCACCAUCAAGUUCCAGAACCCAAAUCCAUACUUGAAUUGGAUUCCACAGUGUGCCGGUGCCAUGGCUUUUGAAACGGAUCAAUGUCCCAGGCCACUUCCCACCUACCUGAGGUCCCUGUACCCUGGCAUUUACGAGGACCAGGUGGGGAGGACCUGGGUGACCGUGGCGGUGCGGCGCAGCCCCUCCCAACGGGCCCAGAGCAGAGACCCCAGGGUCAGUACCCGUGAACACAGCAUCAUGAUCUACUUGUGGCAGAUGUCAGUGCACUCACAGAAGGCCAUGUCCCUCAACCAGUCGUCUUCCUUCUGCCUUCCCCCCAUGUGGGAGCUCUGCUCAGAGAGAAGGUACCAAGCCACAGAUUCCAGGCUCUGGGAGAUCGUGAACCAUGGCCAGGCAAACGUCUCGGAGCAGUUGAUUCUCAGGUGGCGGCCUCAGGGGGACUGACUGAGCCAGGGAGCAGCUGUAGAGCUGGUUUGAUGGCGGAGACCUCUGCUCUUUGCUGGUCCUUGUUUCUUCACAUAGCUCCCCACUCCUUGGGUGUGGCUGUCCACGUGGGCCCCCACAGUAAGCUGAAUAAUUGACUAGAGGUCAGAAGUAAGAUCGAUUCCGGGUGGGUGUUGGGCACAGUGACUCCGUCACAUCCCACAUCAAAGUGCCAGGUCCAAGCUCCAGCUCCUGACCCGGCUUCCUAUCAUGUCCGCUCUGGAAGGCAGUAGAUGGUGCCUUCUGUGCUGGGUCCUUGCCGCCACG